UGACGUCAGCACAGACGCGUUCAUUCAGCGUCGAGCCUUCAGAGCUGAGGCCUAUUCGAUCAAUCCCUUCACCAUUAAACUGACUCUCUGAAGUAAACAAUGAUUGACAGCAACAGCGUUACUCUGAGCAAGUUUAAGCCAGCUUCUCUGCCAACUCUACUAUACAUCAGGAGGUAUUCAUAAAAAAUUAACUUGUCUCUGCUGCCAUCAGUGAAAGACAAAGAUAGAGUUUAUUGAAGGACAGUGAGAAGAUGAGUGAUCCAGAACCCUGCAGAAUUAAACAGGAAGAGACUGAAGAACUAAUAGGUGUGAAGGAGGAGAGUGAAGAACUGACUGAAGAUGAGGAGAAACAUCAUGUCAAAAGUGAAGAAAAAACUCAAUCAGAGACUAAACAUAGUAUUUUAAUGAAAAGAAAAGCUGUGAAUAGUUUCACCUGCACUCAGUGUGGAAGGAGUUUCUUGCGUAACAAUGCUCUCAAGCUUCACAUGAGGAUCCACACUGGGGAGAAACCUUACAAGUGUUCACACUGCGACAAGAUAUUCAGACAUUCUGGAAACCUGAAAACACACAUGAGGAUUCACACUGGAGAGAAACCGUAUCGCUGCACUGCUUGCGGGAAGAGUUUCACACAAUCAUCUUCUCUACGAAAACACAGAAAAAACAAUCACAAUGUGAUGGAGGAGAGUGAAGAACUGAGCAAAGAUGAGGAGAAACAUCAUGUCAAAAGUGAAGAAGAAGCUCAAUCAAAAACUGAACAUAGUCUUUUAAUGAAAAGAACAGCUGUAAAAUAUUUGACCUGCACUCAGUGUGGAAAGAGUUUCAAGCACAAAUACAAUCUCAAUAUUCACAUGAGGAUCCACACCGGAGAGAAACCUUACAAGUGUUUACACUGCGACAAGAGAUUCUAUCAUUCAGGACACCUGAAAACACACGAGAGGACUCACACUGGAGAGAAACCGUAUCACUGCACUGGUUGUGAGAAGAGUUUCUCAGAUCCAUCUUCUCUACGAACACAUACAAUUAACUAUCACAACUUGACGAUUAAGGAGCCACAUUCAUGCUCUUUGUGUGGAAAGAGUUUUAAAAAGCGGUCACAUUUAAGGCAACAUCGGAUGAUCCACACUGGAGAGAAACCACACACAUGUACUCAGUGUGGGAAGAGUUUCAGACAACCAUCAAACCUUGUUCAACACAUGACGCUCCACACUGGAAAGAAACCGCACAAAUGUGAUCAUUGUGGCAAGACAUUUCUGAGGCCUUCACAGCUGAAGACCCACCUUAGAAUUCAUACAAAGGAGAAGCCUUAUUCCUGUUCUGAGUGUGAAAAGAGUUUUACAUAUAAACAAAGUUUAUGUCUACAUCAGCAGAUCCACAGUGGCGUGAGAGAGUUUGUGUGCUUUGAGUGUGAGAAGACUUUUAUUAAAGCUGGAGACUUGAAACGACACGAGAGGAUUCACACUGGAGAGAAACUGUACAAGUGUUCACACUGCGACAAGAGAUUUGGUUUGCCUGAAUGCCUGAAAAGACACGAGAGGAUUCACACUGGAGAGAAACCAUUCACGUGUACUCAGUGUGGGAGGAGUUUCAUACAGUUAUCACACCUUCAUCAACACAGGCUGAUCCACACUGGAGAGAAACCGCACAAGUGUGAUCAAUGCAGUAAGACAUUUUCUAGGGCUUCAGAGCUGAAGAGCCAUCUUAGAGUUCAUACAAAGGAGAAGUUACAUUUGCUUUCAUAGUUGGGAAAGAGUUUUACACAUCAAAUUGAGAUUAACAUUCCUGAAAAAUCCUCUCUGUAUUCUCAAACAUCAGAUUUGAUGUUAAAUGUGUGUAUGUUAAUCCAUUCCUCCAUUGUCUGCCAUUUAUCCAAGGCUGGAUCACAGGGGCAGCAGGGAACCCCAGAUUUCGCUCUCCACAGUCACUUCCUACAGCUACUCUGAGAAAUCCCAAGGCGUUUCCAGGCAAGUAGAGAUACAUAAUCUCUCCCUGAGUUUUCCCCAGGGAGGUGUCCAGGAGAAACAUAUGCCUAAGCCGAGUUCUUGCGGAUGACCGAGCUCCUCACCCUAUCUCUAUCGGUGCUAUCAGUCUGGAUGGAAAGCUUAUUUCAGCCACUUGUAUGCAAGAUGGUGAGAGUAGGAAUGUAAAUUCACUGGUAAAUAGAGAGCUUUGCAUUUUAGCUCAGCUUCUUCUUUAUAUCAACAGUCCAGUUUAUUGACCGCAUUGUUGCUGCCACUGCACCAAUCAGCCUGUUAGUCUCAUCCUUUCCUCACUCAUGAACAAAACCCCAGAAUACUUGAACUCCCCCACCUGGGGCAUAGAGUCUCUUUCAACCUGGAUAUGGCAAGCCACAAGUUUGUAAUUUAGCACCAUGAAUUUGAGUUAAAGGAGGUGAUUCUCGUCCCUGCCAUGUCAAACUCUGCAGCAAAUCGUAUCAUUGACCAGGUCCAAUGAAGACAACUUCAUCUGCAAAUAGCAGAGAUGAAAGACCAGAACCUUAUUUAUUACUGGCAAUGCAACCCAAACUCCUGCUCUUUUCAUAGAGAGACCAGACAGCCCUUAACAGAGUGUCUCUGACCCAAUACUCCCAGAUCACACCCUACAUAAUGCCAUGAUGGACACUGUUAAAUGCCUUCUCCAAGUCCCCAAAAUAUGUGUGGACUGGUUGGGUGUACUCCCAUGAACCCUUGCAGUUCUUACUAAAUCUGCAUUUUCUCCUGAAUCCAAGGUUCAACUAUUGGCCAGAUUCUCUACUCCAGCAGUGUGAUCUCCCUAAAGUUUGAACACACCUUGGGGUGGUAGUUGCCCUUUUUGAAAAGUUUGGGUGUUUCUCAUCCACCCCUGCUGCUUUGCCACUGCUCAACUCCUGCAUCCCCAGCCUCUGCUUCCUCAAAGGAAAGGUGCGUCAGUGAGAUUGUAGAGAUCCUCAAAGUAUUCUAAGUCUACCGUCAGACAAUAUCCCCAGUUGAGGUCAGCAGCUCACCACUAUCACUAUAAACUACAGUUGUCAACAUUUGAAGUGGAAUCUUUCAUCCAAGUUGUCAUAAGACAAUUGAACAGCACCUAUUCUUUUCCUAGGACAGUUUUGAGACAAAUUUGUGGUUCACUUCGAAUGUUGACUGUGUGUUGUUGUAGAACUGCUUACCUUUCCUGGGAUGCCAGACAGUUUGCAGAAUCCCUUUGAGGUAGUACUGGUUGGAUUGAAAAAUUGUUGAAUCUUCUUCCAUGGUCUGCCCAAACUCUUCCCAGGCCCAGGUAUUUGCUUCCACAACUACCCAGGCUGCAGCACACUUGGCCUAGCAGUAACCAUCAGCUGCAUUGGAAGUCACACAAGCCAACAAGACCUGGUAGAACUUCUUUAGCUUAACAACAUCCCUUACUUUCAAUGUCCACCCCCAGGUGGGGCUUUAGCCCAUCAAAAACUUGCUCAGCCUCCCAAUAAUUCCUAAUGAUUGCCUCACACUUGCUUUCAUUGAUGAAUAAAACAUGAUAAACAUACCAAAUGUGCAUAAUAAUCAAUUUGAACCCACUAUGUAAAUUAUUUUGCAGGACACAGUUACAGUAACUGAAGUCAUUAUCAUUGAGGACUUACACCUGUGUUGGGGCUGAUGCUGGCUAAUAAGAACCGCUCCCUUGAGUUGGCGAUCACACCCCUGUACUCCAUUACUUUUACUGUUUUCUUUGUGUUUUUUUAAUGUAAUCUUAUUAUAGUAAAUUAUUUUUAAGUUAUCCAACGUGUCUCAUACAGUGCAGAUCAGUGUUUGUUAUUAUCAACAGCUUUCAUGAUGGAGCACUUUUGAACAUCAGGUAAAAUGCUGAAUUUCAGACACUGCAGAAUAGCUCAGUAAUAUCACAACAGUUUUAUUAUUACAUUCAGUUUGGAGAGAACUGCAAGCACACAGCAGAAACAGUCAGCUUACACUGGUGUUACAGGUACUAUAUGUGUGGAAAAGUUUAUAAAAUAGAAAGCAGUCCUUUAUUUACUUCUCUAUGUGUGUUCAGAAAUUGUAGGAGUUUGUAAAUGUCUUGUAUUGUUAGUUGGCAUUAGAAGUUACAUUACUAAUUAUAGACUGUUAAUAAAGUGGCAUAUGAGAAAUUUAAAACACCUGAAGAAAGUAAACAGGCCCUUUUCAAAGCCUUUUUUAAAAGUGCACAUUAGAUAACUGAAACUAAAUAUAAAUGAUUUUAUUACCCCCUUUAGUGUAACCCCACCUUUAACACCUCAAAAAAUAAUAAUGGAGCUACCACUACCAGGAAUGUUGUGUAAUUGACAAAUCUACUGUCAGCUACCAGAAAAAAAUAUUAUUCUUUCAUACAGUCUAACAUUUGGAAAAUAUGAACAAGUUCAUGAUUCCAAAAAUUUACACCAGAACAGCUUUGUGAAUACUUUUUACAAAAAUUUAAGUCUAAAACUCCAGUGGGAUGUUAACACCAGACACGACUUGUGCAAAUAAUCGAGCUAUUCGCAUUGAGAAAGGCUGAAAUAAAAUCAUGUGUAGAGUCCAAUCGAGAUUUCAGUCUUUUUUCGAUUAAUCGUGCAGCCCUAAUAGUAUGCGUUUUCAUCACUUGUUGUAAUGUUAAUCUGUUCAUCUUUUAUUAAGAUGUGUUUCAGCAUACACAAAUUGUGCCUGUUCAGG